CCGUGACCAAAUCAGACAAGCUCCAUUGAUCUAUUCCUCGUCUCCACCGAUCCCUUGGUAGACCAACCAGCAGCAGCUCUCGGCUCACCUCUCCCUGCUCCUCGAUCUAUCUAGUCUAGUCUUCAGUGUGGCCAUGGCGAAGGUGCACCCGAACCUGGCCGUGCCGUCUCUGGGGAUGGCGGCGGCGGCGGCGGCGGAGCCGGUGACACUGACGGUGUGGCGCAAGUCGCUGCUCUUCAACUGCCGGGGGUUCACGGUGUUCGACGCCAGCGGCAACCUGGUGUACCGCGUGGACAUCUACGCGUCCGACUCCCGCGCGGAGGUGGUGCUCAUGGACGCGGCGGGGCGGCCCGUGCUCACCGUGCGCCGCAAAAAGGCCAUCAGCCUCAUGGGCGACCAGUGGCUGGUGUUCCCCGGCGAGGCGCGCUGGACCAGAUGCUCGGGAGGCCGGGGCUGCUCAGGAGCUGGUCCUCGUAGCGCCGCCGAGACUGGGUCGCCUCCUUCGGUUUGCCUCCUUCGAUUUCCGACAUUGUUUGGGCCCGAGAGCAGAACAGCUCCGAUGUGCCCCCCUUCUCUCUCUCUUUUUUUUGUUUCCUUUUUGGAAACUUUCUCUUUGAUAUAUAUGAAGGUCUAUGUGCAUCGAAAUCCUUCUUGAGGUGUAUGGUUUUGUUCAUUUUUACUGUAAUAAAACCAUGCAUUUUGUAAAGAUUAUUAAAGUGGGAUGAAACUGUAUUA